CGUUGUGACGAAGUUUGAACUGCGACCAUGAAGAUUGCGAUAGUCCUCGCGGCGGUCCUGGCUUGCGCCUACGCCGCUCCCAACAAAUACAUCAUCGGCGGUGAAGGAGCCAAAAUCGAAGAUUUUCCCUAUCUUGUUUCUGUGCAAUGGGGAAAAUACAACACGUAUUAUCACAUUUGCGGCGGUGCGAUCAUCGAUGAAUAUAACGUGAUCACGGCGAAACAUUGCUGCGAAAAAUUCCCAGCAAGGGAGUUGUUCGUCUUGGCCGAGAGUGAUAAAGUUAAAGUAACGAAAGAGGAAAUUUCGAAAUUGGGUGAGAAAUUCCAUGUAGUUGAAGCACUUCAACUAAUUGACUUAGAAACACCUGAAAGCUUCCAGGAUCCACCAACAAAAGGAGCUGAUCUCUGCGUACUACAGUUAAAGAAACCCUUGACAAAUGUUCCGAAAGUUGAUUAUGCUGAAAUAACAGAAGAGUCUAAUUUCGAAAAAUUGAAAUUAGCUGGUUGGGGUUAUAAAGACGCUGACUCUUCGAAAAUGUCUGAAGAGGAAUUAUUGCAAUCCACCAAAAUUGAUAUUAUCACGAAAGACGAGUGCAAGGAAAAUUUAAAAAAAUUGGGUGUUGAGGAAGAAUUCUUACACGAAGACAAUUUCUGUACAAUGCACGACGUAGAAAAUGAAAGUUCAUCUCAAACCGUUUGCAACGGCGAUUCCGGUGGUCCUUUAGUUGAUGUAGUUGAAGAUUCAGAAGGAAAAGCUGUUUCAUAUAAUUUGAUUGGUAUAGUGAGUUGGGGAGUUAUUCCUUGCGGAGCGGAAGGAAUCCCAUCCAUUUUCACUGAGGUUAACAAAUAUAAGGAACAGAUCAGCAAAAAGUUAAAGGAAAAACCCGAAGAAAAACCCGAAGAACCAGAAGAAAAACCCGAAGAACCAGAAGAAAAACCCGAAGAACCAGAAGAAAAACCCGAAGAAAAACCAUAAGAAAAACCAGAAGAAUGAGAAGAAUCCACAGAUCCUGAAAAGAAGAUUAUAAACUCUCAAGAUCUAUUAUUAACAAAUACAAUUUUGUUUGAUAAUAAAAAUCAUCUACACUA